GCUACGGCCACCGCAGUGUCCCCAGGGGACCGAAACCAGGGCGGGGUCUCGGUCCCUCCGCGGAAGGAGGGAGCUGGUCCGUACGAGGCAGACUCACCGCCCCUCGCCGCGCUCUCCGAGCCAUGGCGCCGGCCCUGUGGCGGGCCUGUAACGGGCUCAUGGCCGCCUUCUUCGCGCUGGCGGCCUUCGUGCAGGUAAAUGACCCAGAUGCAGAGCUGUGGGUGGUGGUGUACACAAUCCCUGCAGUACUGACCCUGCUUGUUGGACUUAACCCUCAAGUCACAGGUAAUGUUAUUUGGAAAAGUAUCUCUGCAAUACACAUACUCUUUUGUAUGGUGUGGGCUGUUGGCUUGGCAUCCUACCUCUCGCGUCAUACACAACAGAACAUCUUACAUGAGGAAGAAGGCAGGGAGCUGUCUGGUCUGGUGAUUAUUACAGCAUGGAUUAUCCUGUGCCACAGUUCCUCAAAGAAUCCAGUUGGUGGAAGAAUUCAGUUGGCUAUUGCCAUUGUAAUCACACUUUUCCCAUUUAUCUCAUGGGUCUACAUAUAUAUUAACAAGGAAAUGCGGUCCUCCUGGCCAACUCAUUGCAAGACAGUAAUUUAAAUAAAUUCAAGAACUUCGUUUUUAAAAUGAAUAUUUUCAAUCAAUUUUUUAUAAACAUUAGGGGAAAAAGCCAGGAGUUUAUUUCAGAUAAUUUGGGCUAAUAAGAGUUUUUUAAAACUCCAUACAACUUUUUAAGGGUGCAUAUAAUUCAAUAUAAGAUUGGAUGGGAUAAGUAAGAGAUGGUCUGAUAUUUUCUGGAAGACUUUCUGCAGGGUCUUGUGUCAUAAUGUAGUGGAAAAGGCUAGAGAAUAGAAGUUUAAAAAUACAAGUUCUAACUCAACUUUGUAACUAUGUAAUUUGGGCAAAUAUAUAAACCUCCUGGUGGAUAUUUAUCUAUAAAAUAGGAUUAAUGCCAGAUCUACUUACUUAUACAGUAGCAAGGAUCAAUCUAGAUAAUGUAAGAACACUGAAGAUAUAAAGUGUUCAGAAAGAUUACAGAGGGCUGCCCAAGAUUAAAAUAGAGGGGAGCAGGGAUUGGGUAAUACACUGAAAUAGAGGUUCAAGAGAGGGCUAUACCCCGAUCUUUUUUUUUUAAGACAGUCUCACUCUGUCGCCCAGGCUGGAGUGCAGUGGCAUGAUCAUAGCUCACUGCAGUCCUGACCGCCCAGGGCUCAGGUGAUCCUCCUACCUCAGCCUCCCAAGAAGCUAGGACUACAAGUGUGCACCACCAUGCCCGGCUAAUUUUUUUUUAAUUUUUUGUAGAGACAGGGUUUCGCCAUGUUGUCCAGGCUGGUCUUGAAUUCCUGAGUUCAAGUGAUCUGUCCACCUCGGCCUCCCAAAGUGCUGGGAUUACAGGUGUGAGCCACCAUGCCCAGUCCAGCCCAAAUUAAUCUUAUCCAGAGCUGGCAUAGUGCAGUGAACUAAAGGAGAACUCUAGGUGAAUCAAAUGAGCAGGCAUGUCUUGGAAAGAGAGGGAAGCUGGAUAGAAUAAAGGAAUUAGGGACCAAACAAGAAGGAAAUAGGGAAUAUAACUACAUUCUAAAUGAGAAAUAAGGUCAAAAUCUAUACACAUCCUUUAUAAAUGGAUGUCCAAAAUAACCCAAGGGAGGAGAGCUUUUUUUUUUUAUUUCCAUUUUCAUUUAAAAAUGGAUACUUGAUUAUUAGAAAACUUAUAAUUGUGUUUGGAACAACUUGAGUAUUUGAAUCUAAUUUUCCAAUUGCAGAUUUUAUGUUACCUAAAUACAGAUAAAGUAUUUCCAAUGAAAAUUUAGUGUCCAAAUGAGUGGGGCUAUAAAUGUAAAAUACACUGGAUUUUAAAGACAUGGUAGAAAAAGAAUGUAAAAUUUUUUUGUAUUGAUUACAUGUUGAAACAAUAUUUUGGCUAUAUUGGGUUAAAUAUACUAUUAAAGUUGAUUUUAUCUGUUUCUGUUUACUUUUAUUUACGUGGCUUACAUUGCAUUUCUGUUGGACAGUCCUGUAUUUAAGUAUCUAGAUGGCAACUUUUUACAUACGCAAGCAUCAAAUUCUGGUCAGAUACUGUUUUGUCUGAUGUGGGAAAGAGAGAUCUGGGAAAUACUUCGCUCAAAAAGAACGAGUAGUACCUUCCACAGGUUAGGAGAGUGUAAAUGAGUCUGGUAGUUUGUCUAUUUUUAUUGUCUUUAUUACUAUAGUAAGUAUUCUAUAAAUAUCUGUUAAAGGAGGUAUGUGUAUUUUGUUUUUAUUAUUGGCACAGUGGCCACUGAAUGGUGGGAAAUUCUCUAAAAUUAAGACUUGAAUUGAGUAAAAAGGGAGAAAACAAAUCUAGUUGAUAUUAAAAGUCAAAGUGAAACUUAAGGGUCAGUAAAAUACAGGUAAAGGAUUUGAGUUUUCCAGUGUACAUUUUGCUUACAUAUUUGUGGCUUUUAUACCUCCUUUAGUAUUAAUUAACUACUGAAGUCACAUGC